AUGUCCUUCUCAAAGUCGUCUUUUGUGGUCAUCACUUUCGUUGCCAUCUCCGUUGCUUUACCCGCUUCUCUCGUGGCGUCCUUUGCUGCCUCUUGUGCUUGCUCCGCUGCGUCCUUCGCCUGCUUCACUGCUUCAUCUGAGUUCUCUACCGACUCCUUCACCAACUUUACUGCCUCCAGGACUGCCUCCUUUUCCAUCUCGUCCUUCGCCUCAGCCAUGGCAAUCGGGACCUCCCUGGCCUGCUGCGUCGCAUUUCCAGCACCGUGCACCACAGCCGCCGCGUCAGCCACCACCAGUGUGGCGUUGCCCAUCGCCAGUUGGGCCCACUCGCUUGCAUUCUUCACACUCGCCCUCGACUUCUCCGCGCUCAAGACCGCCCCAGCGGCAGCCGCGGCCGCAUUGAAGGCCUCGCGAGAGGCGCUUCUGUCGUUGAAUGCGUAG